AUGCUGCACCUGGCAAUGGGUGAUUAUCUCGAGGGGAAUGAGAUCAACCUUCAGAAAAGGACUGAGGAAUACCGAGUCAUGAGGGAGAUCCUGCUGCUCCAGGUGGCUGCAAAGAAUUACAACCUAGAGCCCGAGGAGCGAUUUGGGGCCUGGUUCCAGGACAUGGAGCUGCUCAAUGAGAAUGAUAGCUACAGCCUGUCCUGCCAGCUAGGGCUCCAGGCCUAGUUGGCCAGCAGAAUACUCAAGGCCAAGAAGAACCGGCCAUCAUCAAGGUCAGGGGUGAGUGAGUGUCUGGGCCGGGGUGACUGACUCCUAGGGGUUCAGUAAAGCUUCGGGCUAAGCGUGGCCUUUGCGAGUCGGACAGCUGGCACUGGGAUCCCAGCUCCACUACUGAGCAGUCCUGUGACUGGGGUGACUCUCUCCAGCUUC